AUGUGGCCUUUCUCGAGCUCAAAGGAAGAAGCAAAGCCCGCUGCUCAGUCUCGCGGGGACCGACAGAAGUGCUGGGACACCCGAGACGCAUACUUCGCCUGCUUGGAUAAAGUCAAGGUCGUCAAAGCCGGCGACGAGGGGGAUCAGUGCAAAGCAGAGAACGCCGCAUAUGAGAAGAACUGCGCACGAAGCUGGAUAGACUACUUCAACCAGCGGCGUGUCAUAGCGGAGGCGCAGAAGGAGCGCCUCGCGCAGGCGGCGAACCAAUUUCAGAAAGCCAAGUAG